UGCAUCCCAGAGCACUGGAGGAGGGAGAAGAGAAACGGGAAGAGCCAGGGAGGGUCAGGAGAAGGGAGAGGAGGGAUCUGAGGGAUCUGAUGAGUCCAGCCGUUCAUGGGCUGCUGGCACACAGGCCAAGACACCCCGUCUACGGGAGCAUCAGAGCCGAGCCAUAUGAUGGCCCAGCGGCGAAAGCCCAUGGAAGGCCUGGCCAAGCUUGGUGCUGGCAUAUCACUGACCACUCCCGCAAACGUGACGCGACGCCCCAUGACUUCCGAAUCCACCGGCCUUGAAGGCGAAAUGAUAUCAUGUUUGUUUUUGCGCAAAGGCAAGGCGCGGUGCAGCAGCAGUGGUCUGGCUGAUGGGGCAACGUCGGGCCUCCCCUCCGACGAAGCGCCACACAGCAUCUAAGGCAAGGAAAAUCUGCAUACCCCUUUGGGUGACUAUCGUACGAAAUCACUUCCUCCCAAAAUCCCAUCGGCAAAGGACGGGCAACUCGCCUCAUACAGUGCCCAGCUAAGUACCCUCGCCCGUUUGACAAGUGGCCCCGAUUGACAUAUUUGCCACUGGCAACAAGGAGGGUUCCAGUCUCCCCGAGUCUGGCAACAAGGAGGGUUCCAGUCUCCUCGAGUCUGGCAACAAGGAGGGUUCCAGUCUCCCCGAGUCUGGCAAUAAAGAGGGUUCCAGUCUCCCCGAGUGUUCAUCUGGCAAGUGGCACAAAUUGUCGAAUGGGUCAUCGGCGACAGCAUUGACAGGACAUCUCUGAGCCCAGAAGGGGAGAUCUCGGGCGAAAUUGGUUGAACCACCUCAGGUGUGGGCAUCCCCGAAAACACACCUCCAUAAGUUGGACCCUGUGAGUCAUACCAUUUGGACUCCCCUGGCGGCACGGAGUCCGCGCAGCGCGGCGUCGGGUGCGGCGUGGAAGACACACCGCCCCGCAUAUGCAACACGCCUGGUUGGCCGUGUAACCGAAAUUCUCGUAUCCGUCGCCCCAUUGUGAGCACGUCGAUCAAUCAUAUAGUGGACCCUGUGAGUCAUACCAUUUGGACUCCCCUGGCGGCACGUAGUCCGCACAGCGCCCGGCAGCCGCCGCGGCUUCGGAAUCUGCCUCCGCCUGCCCCUGGAGAUUGGAGCUGAACUCGAUCGAGGUCGCCAUUGGUACGCUGAGGCUGAGGACGAAUGCAACCGCGGACGACACGGUCCAAAGGCCCUUGUGGACCGCCAUCCCACGGAACGACGGAUGCUUGAGCCAAAAUGGCUACGGAACAAGUUGUAGGGGGUUCUUGGGGGCCUUUCGGGGGCUGAAGAGGCCCAGGGGCACGGUGCAUCCACGAAGAAACCUCCCUGCCCGCUGCCGAAGCCGCUGCCCAUGAGACGACCUUGGUGGGGCGAAUCUCCCAGUCUUCUUCCAGGUCGAGUAGGGCUUUAGAGUCCACCACGGUGAACUUGCGGGAAUGCACGACGACUACCUCCUGGCUACCACAGGCGUCCCCCUCUCGGCAGAGGUGCGCUACCUUUGCAGGGGCCCGGUCCAAGGCGGCCCUGAGCUGGGGGUCGGUGCAGCCAUGCGCUCGGGAGCAAGGGAAGUCCUGCCCAGGGCGCUUGUCUUUCUUUAUGGGAUCUCCGUUCAAACCCCGAUCCAGACGCAGCCUCUCCCCAUCGAUCUAGCCCAUGGGGUGGUUGGGGGGCUGGGGAGCGGCCAAUCACUCCGCGCCAGGAUGGUGUCCUCGAAGAAGUUGUCGUCCACGGGCAGAGCGCCAAGCCCCCUCCUGUCCAGUUCCAGGAGGAAGAGCCGGUUCGCCUCAACUCGGGUAAACCAUUCCCUGGAGAAGGGAGACUUUCCCAAGCGCCAGCAAGCCCAGAAGAAAGGGCGGAUCCCCCAGUCGGAGACGACGAUGAUGGCCGCGAGGCGCAUGGCCGCGGGGUAGACCAGCAGGCACCCAUCAGCGCGCGCCUUGAACCCCUCCCAACGUUCCCCCAAGAGGAAGGUGAGGGUCUCAUCCAGGUACCCGAGGGCGAGCCAGAAGAAUCAUGCGGUGAGGCCUGCCGCCGGGCGUGACGCACCUCAAGAAGCACUUCCUGGCGCCCGCUGGCGAACCAGUUGAUCUCCCAGAUUCUCUCCUCCUCGGGCUCCUCAAGGCUCUCGGGGAGGUUAUCCGGGCAGGCGCGGUCAGGCCAAGAGCACAAAUCUUCCCACGCGCCCCGCCACUGCGGCCAUUGGGGUUCAGGGACGACAUCCUUCCAAGCUAUAGCCAGCUCCAGCCUUGACGGCUGCGGAGGUGGAA